AUGGAUUUUGAAGAACGUUUAGAAACUCAAGAGAGAUCAGAUUCACCAUCACUAGUUGGAUCAUCAAUUCGAUCAGCCGACGAUUCUCCACACAGAAAUUACAUUCACCCUGAGAAAUACCAAUCCUCGAAGUCCAACAAAUCAGGAUCCAAAUUGGGAACCAAGUCGAAAUCCAAAUCCAAAGGUAAGCACAGUAAAUUGAAUCCUGCUAUCACCGCAUCCUUGGAUGAUUUGAUCAACGAAGGUGCAUUAUUAGGGUCAGAAGAAGAUUUUAAGAAAUUCUUGGAUGAUGAUGGAAGUGUUAAGACAGAUGCAAAGUAUGUUGAGCAAGAUCAAGAACAAGAGCAAAAGCAAGACAAGCAACUCAAGAAAAAAGAAUCCUAUGACAAGGAAGAUGAAAUCAAACAGGCGUUGGAAAGCGAUAAGCCUUUGAGAAAGAAGAGCGUGAAAUCCAAUCAGCCAAAAGACGAGGAUAAACCACAGCAACCCAAGUUGGACUUGUCCGAGUUUAAGCCUGCACCAGUAGGUGCAGAUGUUGGAGUUACACAUGCCGAUGCAAAAGCUUCAUUUUACAAACAAGAAGAUUAUUCUACUCCAAACUUAUCUGAAUACCAAUUGGAGCAGGAAAUUAAGGAUUAUGACGAUUUGAUAAACCACGUGAAAUCACAUGAGCUUGACAAAUUGCCUCGUGAUUCAUCGUAUUCAAGUCAAAAUGAGAAUGCUACUUUUGCUUCAACUGGUGCUUCAGCUCCUUUGCAUUCAACUCUGACAUCUCAAAUGUCUGCCGCUCAAAAGCAAAGAAUGGAGGGAAACUUGCACACACCGACAUUUUAUACAGAUAGAGAGAGAUCAAGAUCAAGAUCGGCUAAUCCAAGAACCAGAGCUAAAGACCGCUCCUCAUCCAGGUCUUCCUCAAAUGCGAAAACGUCAUCCAGUAGACAUUUGGCAAGAGGUGAUUCAUACAAAAAUACUCAUAGUGACGAGCCUUCCAAGUACGAAUUACCCCCAGAUUUUGAGGCAAGAGAACAUCAAGUGAAGGAAUCUGCUAAAGAAAGUGAUAAUGACGAUGGUACCGAUGGUAACGAUAAUAAUAAUAAUGAGGAGGAGGAUGACGAGGAUGAUAGAAGAACUAGAUUUGCAAGACCCACUAUGGGUGAAUCAAUUGCUGCUGCAGAAGCUAAAAAAAAGGCUGCAGAAGAGAAGCUGAAUCCAGCUUUUGUUUCCGAAACCGAGUCUAACCCCGUCACAAGAGAUCCAUCAUUGGUGACUACUGGUGAUUAUACGAAUUUUGAGGUUGAUUCACCAGCGCCAAGAUUGCGCGAAAAUGAAUAUUUGGGUUCUGCAAGAUCAGCUUCGUCAACAAAUUAUUUGAGAUCGAUAUCUAGAUCGAGAUCAAGAGCUAGACCACUUAAUAAUGCUCCAGAUGAAAAGAAUGAUGCAAAUACGGAUACCUUAAUUGAAGAAGGAGCACUUGUGACCGAUGAUCCGUAUGCGUCUAUUGAUCAACUUGAUACAAUGGUUAAGAAUGUUUUGCACGGUGGUGAUGCUACGGGUGCUAAUUUUUUGCCGUUGACUGAAGAAACUGACAAAGAAUUGGAGGAGAAUACAAAAGUUGCUGGUGAUACAAAAGAGGCUAGCGAUAAAGAAAAAGUUGUUGACAAUAAAGAGCAAGAUGUCAAGAAAGAAGCUACUCAGAAAACAAAACUGUCUGGUGAGGAGUUUAGUUCACAUGAAAGUGGAUCAAAGGAUCAGGAAAAUGAUUCACAGGAGGGCAAAUCUGUUGAUGAAGCGGUUAAGAAUAAUGUCUAUGAAGAAGAGAUAGAGAAAGAUAUACAACAUGCUAAGCAACAUUCAAAUGAGAAGGAUGAUGCAAAUACAGACACUUUGGAAAAAGAAGGUGCUUUAAUAAGUGACGAUCCACUUGAAAAAGUUGAAGAGGCCGAGUUGGGAAGCAAAGGUUUAGUAACAGAGCCAGAGGAAUCAAAAGACGCCAAAGACAAAGAAGAAGAAGAAGAAGAGGAAAAGGGAGGAGAAGAAAAGGAAGCAAAGAAUGAGGCAACGGAUAUUUCAAACAAGAGUUUAUAUGUUUCGCAUACAGACAAGGAUGAUUCUGAAACAAAAGAAGAAGGUUCAGUUGCAGAUAAAUCAGCACCUCUUUUGGGAGCUUCCCCGGAUGUUGAUGGUCCUGAAGAGUUGAAGGAAAUUGAACAAGAAGAGGAAAAAGAAAAAGAAAAUGAAAACGAGAAAAGCAAAGCAAAGGCGAUAAACGAAGAUACACAAGGCCUCGCAUCAGAUUCCAAUGAGAAAGAUGAUGCAAAUGUAGAUGAAUUGAGAAAAGAAGGUGCUUUGGUUAGUGAUGACCCACUUGAAAAAUCAGAAGAGGCCGAGUUGGCAAAAAAAGAUGUCGUGACUGAACCUAAGGAGCUGAAGCAUGAAGUGAAAGAUGACUUGAAAAGCGAUCUCGGCAAAGGUUCAGAUGCUUUACCUGACAAAAGAGAAGAAGGAUUAGUUGCAGAUAAAUCAGCGCCUCUCUUGGGAGCAUCUGCUGAUGUUGAUGGGCCUCAAGAGUUGGAGGAACUUGAAGAAGAAGAGAAGGAAGGCGAAAAAGAUAAUGAAGCCGUCAAAGAGGAGGUUUAUGAAGGAGAAUUGCCAGCUGAUGAGAAAGCAGAAUUGGAAUCUGCUGAAAAGAAUGCAAAAGCAAAAGCAGAAACUAAAGCAGAAACUAAAACAGAAGCAGAAACUAAAACAGAACCUAAAGCUGAAGCAGAACCUAAAACUGAGGCAUCAAUCGCAAAAGAAGAUAAUGAAAAAGCUGGGGAGGAUAAAGAAGUCAACGAAGAUGAUGCUGAUUUAGAUGAUUUGGAUGUGUCGCCUGAGGAGCUUCGUAAACAUCUCGAGUCACUUCCAGUUUACAUUUUUACGUCUCUUGCAGGUGGGAUGCAAAUUAUGCAUAAGACCAAUAGAUUGGCUACAAUUUUGCAAGCGAAUGGUGUAAAGUUUGAAUAUAGGGACUUGGGCACAGAUGAAGAAGCGAAGAAGAUUUGGAGAAGAUAUGCACAGGGAAAGACUUUACCUGGAGUUGUUCGUGGUGAUGAUGUUAUUGGAAAUUGGCAAGAGAUUGAUGAAGCUAAUGAAGAGUAUAAGUUGAGAGAGUUGCUUUAUGAGACUUUAUAG